GGCUCCGUCUGUGAGAUCGGUCUACAGCGAGGUGUCUGACAGCAGAGAGAUGUACAACCCCUCCAUGACCCCUGGAGCCUGUAUGGACCCCUACAUGCGGCCGCCACACGCCCCCCCGCCGCACGGCAUGAUGGGACACCGCGGGAUGCCUCCUCCAGAGGGUGUCAGUGGCUCCCCCUACUGUAACCAGAGCAUGAUGACGUCACAUCACAACCUCGCUCAUAACCAGCCGGGAUCUGAACACAUGGCAUCAGGAGACGCGUCUUGUUUCUCGACGCCUCGCUCCAUGCUGAAGCUGAGUAAGAAGCGCGCUCUGUCCAUCUCUCCGCUGUCUGACGCCAGUGUGGACCUGCAGACGGUCAUCCGCACCUCUCCCAACUCUCUGGUGGCCUUCGUGAGCUCUCGCUGCGGGCCGAACGCUGCCAGCUCAUACGGGCAUCUGUCUGUGGGCACCAUGAGUCCGUCGUUGGGUUUCUCCGGCUCCAUGAAUUACCCGUCCAGACCGCAGGGUAACAUGUACGGCUCUCACCCCGUCCCAUCACACCACCCCAGACUUCACGCUCCGCACAAACACACACACCUGAAGACCGAGCCGGUUCUGGGCAGCGUGAUGGACAACAUCAACAUCAAGAGUCUGGAGGAGCAUUCGGAGGGAGACGUGGCCAGUCCGUCCUCCACUGGGACACAGGAUCCUCUUCUGGGUUUACUGGAGGGCAGAGAUGAUCUGGAUAAGGAGGAGAAACCUGAACCAGAAGCCAUCUACGAGACAAACUGCCACUGGGAGAGCUGCAGCAAAGAGUUCGACACUCAGGAGCAACUCGUGCAUCACAUCAAUAACGAGCACAUCCACGGAGAGAAGAAGGAGUUCGUGUGUCACUGGACGGACUGUUCUCGAGAGCAGCGGCCCUUUAAAGCCCAGUACAUGCUGGUGGUGCACAUGCGCAGACACACGGGAGAGAAACCUCACAAGUGCACUUUCGAAGGCUGUAAUAAAGCAUACUCGCGUCUGGAGAACCUGAAGACUCAUCUGCGCUCGCACACCGGAGAGAAACCCUAUGUGUGUGAACACGAGGGCUGCAACAAGGCUUUCUCCAAUGCAUCCGACCGCGCAAAGCACCAGAACCGAACACACUCCAACGAGAAACCGUACGUUUGUAAGAUCCCAGGCUGUACGAAGCGCUACACCGACCCGAGCUCUCUGAGGAAGCAUGUGAAGACGGUGCACGGACCCGAGGCUCACAUCACUAAAAAGCACCGCGGAGACACCGGACCACGUCCUCCAGGUCUGACCAGUGCAGGACAGAGCUCUGAACUUCUGAUAGAAAAAGAGGAGAGAAGCAGAGAGGACUGCAAAUUACUCGCUCCAGAAACCACACUGAAAUCCCAGCCAAGUCCUGGCGGCCAGUCAUCUUGUAGUAGCGAACGUUCUCCACUAGGGAGCGCUAACAAUAAUGACAGCGGAGUGGAGAUGAACCUCAAUGCGGCGGGGAGUCUGGAGGACCUGACCACACAAGAGGAGAACACCGGGAACACCGGCGGGCCCGAGUCGAGUGGAAUGUGCAUGUCCGUUCAGGCCUUGAAGAGGUUGGAGAACCUGAAGAUCGACAAACUGAAGCAAAUUCGCCGGGCAACACCACCUGGACGGAGCGCAGGGAAUAAACUGCCGGCUCUCUCAGGAGAGAAGAUGGGCAUGUGUGCACCUUCACCCUUGCUCUCCAACCGGCGUGUAAUGGAGCUUUCUGCCACGGAUCUGGGUGGAGUUAGUGGAAUGGGAAUGCCCUGCCCACCGAAUGACCGACGGGGAAGCGGCACCAGCAGCCUCAGCUCUGCCUACACAGUGAGCCGCCGUUCAUCCAUGGUCUCGCCCUACCUAUCCAGCAGACGCUCAAGUGACAUUUCCCAAGUAGGUCAUUGCCAGUCUGUGAUGGGAGCCGAUGUUCCCGGCGACCCACUGUCUCCCCAGAACAGCCAAAGAGGUGGAUCAUGCCAGAACCCCGGAGGGUUGCCAGGUCUUCUGAGUCUGACUCCUGCGCAGCAGUAUAGUCUGAAAGCUAAAUAUGCAGCAGCAACAGGCGGCCCACCGCCAACCCCGUUACCUAACAUGGACCAACCUGGCAACCCUGGAAGGUUCCUGAGGGAAUGCCAUGGCCAACCUCUUCCUCCAUUUCUGCAGCAAGGUGGCACACGGAGGCACAGUGCUAAUGCCGAAUACGGCACAGGAGUGAUUUAUCCACAUCAGGCACCUGGGAACAACACAAGGCGCGCCAGCGAUCCAGUACGCUCAGGUGCUGACCCGCAGGGUUUACCAAAGGUGCAACGCUUUAACAGCUUGAGCAACGUGUCCCUUAUGAGUCGCCGCAAUGCACUGCAGCAGUGCGGAUCUGAUGCCUCUCUCAGCCGGCACAUGUACUCACCUCGUCCACCGAGCAUCACUGAAAAUGUUAUGAUGGAGGCCAUGGCUAUGGAUCCUCAUGGGCCCGCCGAAGGCAGAGAGCAGGGCAACAUGAUCCAAGGUGGAGACCGAGCGUACAUGGGCUACCAGCAACCUCACCUCCACCCUCACAAUGCAAGUCAAAUGUCUCCCGGACAAGAAGGAUUGAGCUGCAUGGAUCAAGUCUUCCAGUCUCAAAUGCAAGGUCCAUACCAGGGCCAGCGUGAUGAGAUCUGUGCCACGGGGAUGAUGGUUCAGGGUGACAUUUCGAACAGUCUUCUACAGCAGGCCGAGUAUGGCAUGAGCAACUGCCAGCUCAGUCCUUCCGGACCACAUUAUCCCAGUCAUGCUGAUGGAUCAGGACCCUGGGGACAGACCAACCAUCUCCACAGCCCACAGACCAAUACGCAGUACCAGGGUGUAGGGAUGCAAGGACAGCACUACCCUCACCAGAGUGUAUACAACCCUACAUCUGACCCCGGCCAUCAAAGAGUUACUGUAAAACCAGAGCAGUUCCAUUCAUCCAUAGGAGGAUCCAGUUCUUGCCAGAACAUCAAACCUCUACAUCGGCAUAAUGUGAAUAUGCAGGCGUAUCCAACGCAGCCACAAGGCCGGGGUCUCAUGAGCAGAUCCUCCAAUGUGAAUUGUGACUUUCUUCAAGGCCAGAUGGGAACACAAGCCGGUCUUCCACAGCAGAGCCAGGUGGGAUCGUUCCCAAGCGGUGGAGAGAUAAAUCUUGCACUGGCGGAGAGCCGUGGGUCGCAGACGCCAAUGCAUCAGAUGAAGGAAAUGAUGGUGAGGAAUUAUGUGCAGUCCCAGCAAGCGCUCCUGUGGGAACAGCAGCAGGAGCAAAGGGUAGUCGUCAAUGGUCUCUCUGGGAAGCCUGAUGGCAUGGACCUGGGAGGACAAACGGCGAUGUUGCAGCACAGUCCACAGCAUCAACAAGCUAACCAGAACCUUUAUCCUGGUAAUUCUUUCCAAGGCUACCCGAAUCAGAACUUGAUGAGCCCACCGCAAAAUACAGUUCCCGCUUCCAUCAAGGAGAAUACCACUGGGUUUCAGGGAUCCUGCUACGGGCCGGAUAUGGUGCCACGACCACCUCAGGGACGAAAGCCUCUGAGUCGCCAAAACAGCUUAUCCCAGCAGACAAGUGGAGCUUACCUGGGCACCCCAACUCACCUGAGCCCCGUCCACUCCACCGCCAGUCCCAGAAGAGGAGUCCGUCUCCCGCCAGUUCAGCAGCAACAACAUUUGGAAAAAUUCACCAAUAACAACAACCCCAUGUACUACUCAGGCCAGAUACACAUGCACCACGAUAUAGAGAAAAUUCAAGAUGGUCCAUGCCUGGCCCAGCAGCACCUGACAGGGAUAGACCCUAAUACCAAGCCCACAUCGAUGGCCUACUCAGACCCUGCACCCAUGUCCAACGCCUUAGAAAACCUGGACUUGGAGAACGCUCAGAUUGACUUUGCUUCCAUCAUUGAUGACCAAGAACCUUCAUCUUACAGUCCAGUAAACCCACCUCUGGGUCACCACCAGUGCUCCUCUCAGACCUCCUCUCGUCUCACCACACCCCAAACCUCCAUCACCCUUCCAAGUGGCCUUUCCAAUAUGGCAAUCGGGGACAUGACCUCAAUGUUGACAUCCCUUGCUGGGGAGAACAAGUAUUUGAACACAUUGUCUUAAAGUGUAUAUAAUUGAUCCAAUGUGAGCAUGUAGACUCUAUAGCCCUUUCGACACUAGAGGUUCCUCUGGAUGUCCUUUUCCUGCUCAUGCACCAGGUACUAAUGGUUCU